AUGAUUUGGACGAGAUCUGCUUGCAUUCUCUCUUUCAUCUUGUUUUUUGCCCACACAGCAGCUGUAUCGAUUAAGCAUCUUUCUAAAGGAAAUGUACAUGAUGGAGAGUUUGAUGAACAGAAGGAUAUUUCAGAAAUCAAUUUAGCUGCAGGCUUGGACCUCUUUCAAGGGGACAUUUUGCUACCGAAUUCCAGAAAUGGCCUGAGAGACCCCAACACCAGGUGGAAGUUCCCCAUCCCUUACAUCCUGGCCGACAGUCUGGCACUGAAUGCCAAAGGAGCUAUUCUCUAUGCCUUUGAAAUGUUCCGCCUCAAGUCCUGUGUGGAUUUCAAGCCCUAUGAAGGAGAGAGCUCAUACAUCAUCUUUCAGAAGUUUAAUGGGUGCUGGUCUGAGGUUGGCAACCGACACGUAGGACAGAACAUUUCCAUUGGCCAAGGAUGUGACUAUAAGGCCAUCAUUGAACAUGAGAUCCUGCAUGCUCUGGGGUUCUACCAUGAGCAGUCAAGGACAGACCGGGAUGAUUAUGUGAACAUCUGGUGGGAUGAAAUUCUUCCAGGUUAUAAGCACAACUUUAACACCUACGAUGACAGUGUUGUCACAGACCUCAACACACCCUAUGAUUAUGAGUCUUUGAUGCACUACGAGCCUUUCUCAUUUAACAAGAGUGCUAGUCUCCCCACCAUCACAGCCAAGAUCCCUGAGUUUAACUCCAUCAUUGGGCAGCGCCUGGAUUUCAGUGCUAUCGAUCUGGAGAGGCUGAACCGAAUGUACAACUGCACCACAACUCACACCCUUUUGGACCACUGUGAUUUUGAGAAGGCAAACAUUUGUGGGAUGAUUCAGAGUACCAGAAAUGAUGCUGGCUGGGUCCAUGAGGACAGCACUCAGCCUGGACAAGCGGAUCACACCUUGGUGGGACAAUGCACAGGUGCCGGCUACUUCAUGUACUUCAAUACCAGCUUGGGGAUAGCAGAGGAGGCAGCCCUGUUGGAGUCUCGGAUUCUUUACCCAAAGAGGAAGCAGCAAUGCCUGCAGUUUUUCUAUAAAAUUACAGGAAGUCCUUCAGAUAGACUCAUCGUCUGGGUCAACAGGGAUGACAGUACGGGCAACAUUCGCAAGCUGGUCAAGGUGAAGACCUUUCAAGGAGAUUUUGACCAAAAUUGGAAAAUUGCCCAUGUUACACUAAGAGAGGAAAAGAAGUUUCGCUACCUUUUCCAGGGCACAAAGGGUGACCCCCAGAACUCGAGUGGGGGAAUUUACCUGGAUGACAUCACUUUGACAGAAACCCCAUGCCCCGCAGGGGUUUGGACGGUCCGGAAAUUCUCUCAAGUCCUGCAGAACACGGUUAAAGGGGACAAGCUUCAGAGCCCUCGAUUCUACAAUUCAGAGGGCUACGGUUUGGGGUUGACCUUGUACCCUCAUGGCAGAACGGGCUCCGAGAGCUCUGGGUACUUGGGACUUGCCUUUCAUCUGUGUAGUGGAGAUAAUGAUGCUGUUCUGGAGUGGCCAGUGGAGAACAGACAGGUGAUAAUGACAAUACUUGACCAGGAACCCGAUGUCAGGAAGAGAAUGUCCUCCAGCAUGGUGUUCACUACCUCCAAGUCCCAGACAUCUACAGCAAUAAAUGGCUCCGUCAUCUGGGACAGGCCGUCUGUCAUGGGGUCCUAUGACAACAACUGUGCCUGUUUUAGAAGCAUCGACUGCGGCUGGGAUGCUAUCAUCUCCCACCAAAUGCUGAAAAGGAGGAGUUUUCUUAAAAAUGACGACCUUAUAAUGUUUGUGGACUUUGAAGAUAUCACCCACCUUAACCAGACUGAAGUUCACAUUAAAGACAGCAGGCUGAUCCCCCAAAGCCUCGUUCUCCAAGGCCAGGAGCAGCCGGCUUCAGAAGAAGGUUCGGGAAAGGCCUCCUUAGAGAAAGCCCUACUGGGCAGCCUGGACCAGGGGCAGCGCAGCCGACAGAAGCGGUCGGUGGACAACGCGGGCCCCAUGGAGGACCACAACUGGCCACAGUACUUCAGAGACCCAUGUGACCCGAAUCCUUGUCAAAACGAAGGCGUCUGUGUGAACGUGAAGGGGAUGGCGAGCUGCAGGUGCGUCUCUGGUCACGCCUUCUUCUACACUGGGGAGCGAUGUCAGGCCAUGCAGGUGCACGGCAGCCUCCUGGGCCUGAUGAUCGGAGGCACGGCCAGCAUGGUUUUCUUGACCUUCACCAUCAUCUCCAUCCUUCGCCAAAGGCCAGGCAGUGAUGCCCGCUGA